AUGGGCCCGUUAUGGUACGAACUCGCCCAACACGUGUCUCAUCACAACAGCCUCAUUUCCCAAAGCAGAGUUUCCCCUUGGGAAUGGAGAUUUCACUUGUCAAGCACGCUGCUUCAUCGUAUUGCCUUUCUGUCUUCGAGCUUUACACAACAUCGGAGGCAUGGCCGAAGUUGGGAGUUUCACUCUCUUCUACUGGGUAGUUGUAGCCUAUAUUCAGCCUCAAGUAUUGAUCUGCAAAUUCAACUCAACAUUCACUUGCUCGGCUUGCCAAAAAUCGGUCUGCAUUCACGUCUUUUCAUCUCGCCAGGCGCUUCUUCUGAUUGGGGCUGUAAUUUGCCUCUUGAGCGACUUCAGAUUGACAGUUUUAGGGCACAUUGA